UCUUUCGACGCGACAAUGGCUGACGAUGCCCUUGCCCAAGAAAUCUGUUCACGGUUCCCCGAGGUCGCUUCUGACGCGUCUCUCGUCGCCGAAUGCGUGACUGUGUGCAAAAACUACGCUCUUAGUCCUGAAGACCUACAAUAUAAAUGGGAAGCUCAUAAUUUCCGUCCAUCCGCGACGCGUUCCGAGAUCUCCCCUUACACCCUCGAAUCGCUCAUCUCUCUCAAACAACAAAUCCAACGCGACCGCACAAUCAACGCGAUCCCCAAACCAGCCCCAAGACCGACAGCCCUUGUCGCUGCGCUGAAUAGGACAGGGUUUCGUGGACGGGGUGCUGGCAGUAAUGUGGCCAAGUCUUCACAAGUGAAAGUGGAGCCAGAUGCAGAGGGUUUUGCUAUGAUCGCUGGGCCCAGUAAAGUGGCAUUUCGCGGGCCGCCUGCAGCCCCUGCUGCACGCAAGAAACGGGCUUAUAGGUACAUGCUGGACAAGCCGUCAGAACGCGGACAUGUGAUGGAUCAACGGAUUGAAGAGUAUGCUGAGCGGAUACGCGAGCAGUAUGAGUUGAAUGAUAUAGGCGACCCGUCUGCUUCUACAGCGGAUGAAAUAACCGUUGUGGGUCGGAUAAUACACGACGACGAUGCAGCGGAGGACACAUCCAAACUUGGAGACACCGCCAUCGCCAUCGAAUGCGCUUGUUCUAUUGGCGGGCCACGAGCCCCGAUUAGAUUCGAGUGGGACCUUAAAAUUCGCGGUGGACCUAAAGGAAAUGGCGCAGCUACUUUCUUUCCCGGUGCACUUGCGGCAUUCCGUGGAAAAAACGGCGGGGCAGACCAUUUCCAGGUAUCAGAAGUUUUAUAUCUACCACCCCCACCUCUGCAAACAGAAUUCAAGCCAGAACCGCACGAUCCCUUCUCCGUUCUUGUCGCAUGUGGUCCGUUCACCCCCGACACUGAUCUGGGGUUCAAAUCCUGGCGCGCGUUAUUACAGAAGCUGCAAGAAAUCAAACCGGAUGUUGUAGUGCUUACUGGGCCAUUUAUCGACGCCCAACACCCGCAUAUCAAAUCUGGGGAAGUCGACAGCACGCCAGCCAGCCUCUUUAGAACACGAUUCGUGGAUCCUUUACGAUCAUACCUUGAUUCCGCACCGGGAAGCAUUGCAGUGGUCGUUCCUAGUGUUCGCGAUCUAGUCAGCAGUCACGCGGUGUUCCCGCAAGCUGAGCUGGAGAGGGAACUGGUCAAGUCAGAUCCACGAAUACACACUGUGCCAAACCCGGCCUGGUUCACUCUCAACGGCCUCAGUUUCUCUGUCACCAGCGCUGACAUACUUUUCCACCUCAAGCGCGGCGAGUUUACCAAACGGGGGGCUGAAAUUGAUCCAGUAGAGGUAUCUCCUGACGACGCUUGUGGAGACGCGAUUGUUGGGUUGUGCAAGCAUGUAUUACAACAGCGGUCAAUAUACCCUGUCUUCCCUGUUCCUGCAGAUCUUACAAAUGAACUGGUCUUGGACAUAACGCACUCCGGAGGGCUGCGUCUUGGACCAGGAAUGGAUGGCAGCAGCGAUGUACCACCGCCGGACUGCUCGCCUGAUGUGCUUAUUGUCGCCAGUCGGUUCAAGCAGUUCGCGAAGCCAGUAUAUGAGACGACUGCGAUCAAUCCUGGGUUCGUAUAUAAAGGGUCAUAUGUCGUGUUGGAAGUGGGUGCGCGGACUGGGGAGGAGAGACCAGUGUUGGCGCCACGAGUGUUGAAGCUUGAGUGA